AUGUUGAUGCACGUGAGAAAUACACUGAGUUUUGAUUUCUUAUUAAUUAUUGUAAUUGCUAUCCUGUUCCAUUUAUCAGACUGUGCAACGAUAUGUUAUGUUGGAAGAAAUUUCAAAUAUAUAAGCCGAUCCUGUGAAGGUGGCGGCAGUAGCUCGAAGGAAUUUGUAUGUCAGAAAUUCAUUUGUGAAGGAGGGAAGUCUCCAUUUGUAUUACGAACAUGUGCAAAUAAAAGACUCGGAUGUUUGGCAGGUCCAGCAAUUUGUCGUUUUAGUGGUGGUACCGGUUCCUGCGUUCGAUGUGACAAGAAUAAUUGCAAUUUGUAA